GGGUCCUAAAAAAUCCUUGCCCGUGCCCGAGACGUUUAUAUACCUCGCCAAUAUAUCUGAAGGCUGUAGCUCGCGCGGUCGGCGUCUGCUAUAAUCGCACAAUACCUUAUCCAUUCAUAUACCUUCUGAAACUAAAGCCCUGCAAAAACCCUCCAUGAGUGGCCGCCAAAUCAAUGCACAAACCCAGAGUACACAUUUCUUGUAGCCAGGUUUCUUAAUGCCAUCUCCCUGUCUCUAACGCAAAACCUCUUCAAUGUUUUGCUCUCAAUCCAUGGACUUCUCUUCUACCUUCAAACACUUCCAACAACCAUGCGCUUCCCCCACACAUGAUCUUUCCUUCUCGUUCUCCUUCUCUCCAUUUCAACUCCGAAUUCACCUCAAAAACCGUAAGAUCAGAAACCCAAGUUCCCCAAAAUUUCGAAUUCUCGCUGUCACUGUAGACCCCCAAGAACUCCCACGAAGUAGCCCUCAGAGACUCCUCAAAGAGCUCGCAGAGCGUAAAAAAGUCGUUUCACCGAAGAAAAAAGUUCCGCCGAGGACCUUCAUACUAAAGCCCCCGUUAGAUAAUGAGAGAUUGGCCCAGAGAUUCCUCAACAGCCCACAACUAUCCCUCAAAUCUUUCCCUUUAUUGAGUUCUUGCUUACCAUCAUCGCGCCUCAACAAUGCUGACAGAGCUUGGAUGGACGAAUAUCUUCUUGAAGCCAAGCAAGCUCUGGGGUACCCCCUUGAACCAUCAGACCAGUACGGGGACGAUAAUCCGGCCAAGCAAUUUGAUACUUUGUUGUACCUGGCAUUUCAGCCCCCCACCUGUGUAAGGUCGAAAGCGCGGCACGUGAGAUCGGGGCAUACGAGGUUGGGUUUUUUGGGGCAGUAUGUGCUUGAAUUGGCGUUUGCUGAGUAUCUUUUGCAGAGAUAUCCGAGAGAGUCGCCGGGUCCCAUGAGGGAGAGGGUAUAUGCAUUCAUUGGGAAGCGGCACCUCCCUAAAUGGAUCAAAGCUGCUAGCUUGCAGCAUUUGAUAUUUCCAUACGACGACAUGGAUAAGGUGGUUCGGAAGGAGCGUGAGCCCCCUGUAAAGUCUGUAUUUUGGGCUUUGUUUGGGGCCAUAUACUUGUGCUUUGGUAUGCCAGAAGUCUAUCGCAUGCUUUUUGAGGUUUUUGGGAUGGACCUUGAUGAUGAGGACUGCCAACCAAAGCUAAGGAGACAACUGGAAGAUGUGGAUUAUGUAUCUGUGGAAUUUGAAGGGAAAAAACUGGGUUGGCAAGAUGUUGCUUUCUACAAGCCUCCAGAAGAUGCCCUUUUUGCACACCCAAGACUUUUCAGGGCAUGUGUUCCGCCUGGUAUGCAUCGAUUCCGAGGAAAUAUUUGGGAUUAUGAAAGCAGACCCCUUGUUAUGCAGACACUGGGAUAUCCCUUGGAAGUAGCAGACAGAAUUUCAGAAAUUACUGAUGCCAGGAACAUUGAACUUGGACUUGGGUUGCAGCUUUGUUUUUUGCACCCAUCAAAGCACAAGUUUGAGCAUCCUCGGUUUAGCUUUGAGCGAUUAGAAUAUGUUGGCCAAAAGAUCCAGGAUCUUGCAAUGGCGGAGAAGUUGCUCAUGAAACAUUUAGAUGCGCCUGGACCGUGGGUGCAGGAGAGGCACCGCCGUCUUCUCCUCAACAAGUGGUGCGGUAGAUAUUUGAGGGAAAAGAAUCUCCAUCGUUUUAUCAUCUACUCGGAGCAGGUUCAAGAUGCAUACGAGCACAACCGAAGGCUAAGGAACCCAGCCACAACUGCUGUUCAACAAGCCAUUCAUGGCCUUGCUUACUGUGUAUAUGGGAAGCCAGAGGUAAGGCGCCUCAUGUUUGAGGUUUUUGAUUUUGAGCAAGUGCAACCCAAGGCUGUGUAAAGGUACAAUGGAUGGAUUUGAAUCAAAUUUUUUCUUUUUAAGAAGGGCCAAUGUAUUUUUUUUAGAAAAUUUUAAGAGAAAGGGGCCUAGUGGGCCCAUUUUAUUUUUAUUUUUCAAAUAGUGUAUUUAAUUUAGUUGCCAACAAUGCAGAGUAAUCUGGUAGAAGUUUUGUCUAACCAUUGCUAAUGUAAUGUAGAUAUUUGUGAUGUCAACUUCAAAGACACCAUUGAAUUUGAUUUCCCAAAAUGGAUAAUUUUUAGUUCAGCA